AUGAAGCAACUCCGGCUAGCAGCGCUGCUGCUGCCGUGGUGCUUGGCGUACAAAUUUCAGGCGCCAGGCUCUCAGGGGAAUGCCAGCCAGGACUAUGGUGGCCAUGAGGUUACUGCGCAAAUGGUAUCCCUCAUCCAGGAGAUGACAGUCGCAUUGCCUUUGGUCCUCGUCAACUACACGAAUGCCUCCGGCCUGCUCCACGACCGGAAUGCGACAGCUUCAGACAUCACCUUCCGCGCAGGCAACUUGAGCAGAGACAAAGCAUUCGUCAUUGACAAAUCCGCUGGGUUUUACGCAGUGCUCAAUGACUUCAUGGGCCCAACCGACACGGCCAAGUACUGUGCCCCGGGUGUGCUGGAGAACAUGUGGCGCUGCGUUCAUGCGUCGGUUUGCAUCAUCUCAUCGGCUGUCCCCCAGCAUGUAUCGAUGGAGGUGUUCUCGGGUCUGCUUGAACAGGUAACACGAUUUGAGGAGCUCACCUGGCCGAUCUUGCGCUCCGGGCUCAUGCUGGACGAGGGCGGCGAUAUGCUCCUCGACGACUUCGGGAUGCCAGAAGAAUACUCCUGCGACGGCUCGGUUCACGAACCAGCACUUCUGCAGCUUUCUUCCUCAGCUGGCGAAGCGCUGAAGGCGGGAACGUUGGCGAUGUCUGCAGCGCUGCACAGCGCCAUGCGUGCGAGCCACGAGGUGCUGGACUCCCACAUCAUGAACAGUUCAAUGGACGAGACCAUCCGGAAGUUGCAGAUGAACUGGCGCGGCGUGUGCAACGCCUUGGGAUGCGAUCCGACCAAUUACUGGGACAUCUACCUCCGGCAUCACCAGCACAGCUUGGCUCUGCUGGAAACGGACCAGGUGGGGCUGUUGCACUCUGACAUCCGCCACCGCUUCCUCUUGCAGCACCGCGUCCAGAGGUUCAUCUCCACGCACCAUCACGACUUCAGCUUCGUGCAGAAGUACGCGCGCUUCGGCCAGGAGCAGCCGUCCUCGGAGUCGGUCAUGAGGGACUACCAUGCGCGGAGCAAGGAAGCAUUGAUGAAGUUCGUGGUUCCUUUCGUGCAGUCCUUGCCGGAGGAGCGCGCCGUGCGCUUGGUGGACAGGCAGAAGCUGGCGGACAAGAUGGCCGAAGGCCCAUCUGGUGUGAGUCCUCCUCACGAGGAUGAAGCAUCAGAGAUCGACGACCAGCAUGACGUGGAGGGCUGGGAGGAGGGGGACGACGAGAUCCCAGACCGCGAGAUUGCGGACCACGACAUGCUGGAUGACGUCGAGGCGGAGAACGAGGACGAGGACGGCGACCAGGUGGAGACUUUGCCAGCAGGCAAGAAAUCGCCUCCUGCCCUCGGAAACAGCACGGCCAUGACCCUGAUGGAAGAAGAGGACAGUGAAGGUGCAAAAAGCGGCUGGGGUCGGCGGAGGCGGCGCCGCCGUCGACGAAGACGAAGUCGAAGAAGAAGAAGGUGGUGGAAGAAGCUGGUAGAAGCCGUGGUCAAGGUGGUCGAAGUCAUUGUGGAAGCAUUGAAAUGCGUCGGGGCCACUUCUCGCUUCAUCAACACGGGCUACAGCAGGAGUAUCGGCACAAACGUGGCCUGGAACAUAGGCCUCAGUGCGGGGGCAACUGAACCUUUGGCCGACCUCCUAAAGGGCUACAUUCCUUCAGCUUGGAUCAGCGUAAGCACCGGCUUCGCGGUCGGGAGUACCACGGACUGGUGGUGGGCCGGCGCGGGCAUGAGUGGCAGUCUAGGCUGCAGCAGCUCCAGUGGCUGCAAACUCGGCAUCAACGUGGCCUUGCUUGCGUGCGGCAUCGCCGAGACACCGCACGACAAGGCCUGCCCACUCCCGGACUGGAUUGCAGAUCCCCUCGGCCUGAAAUGCGGCCAUUCCGCCGGCUGGUCUGUCUCCAUCCUGUGCUGCACUUUCAACCUGCACAACGGCGAGAACAACUGCCGCUGA